UCCAAUUGGAGUGGAACUGCUGGGUCGUAGGGUGACUAUAAACUUAGCUCUAAUAGACACUGUUUAAACAGUUUUCCAAAGUGGUUGUACCAUAGGGCUGUUUUUACAACUUGGUCUGACUGUGAGGAAGGUAGAUAACCUACAGGUACGAUUUGCAUCGGGUAAUGUGAACUCCAACUUCGUGCUUGACUAAGCUUGAGCUUUCAUUUAAAUGCUCAAAACACGGUCAGGCAGGAGCCCCAAUUUCACCCAUGCACAGACUUGGUAAGGCCAAGUGCCUUGCCCUCAGUUUCACUGUGGGUGGGCUUGGCCACACACUGUGACUGCCACACAGCCCCCGAACAAAUUUCUUAUUCAAAUUUUGAAAAACGGAGUGUUUUUGAGAGCAUUAAGUUUAGCUCACAAGGUGAAGAAAGCACGGCAAAUCGCACUGGCCUCAAUCCUCCUCCGGAGGCAGCGCCGACUUCCUCUCAGCGGGAACAAAGCAAGCACUCACUGAAGCCGCAUGAGGAUCUGGUCGGUCCCGCCCCUCACCUAGGCACCUGCGCAGAUUGAGGCCAAGGGAGCUAGGCGCCCCAGGCGCGCGUGACGUAGUAACGCUCGACGGUGCGUGAUGACGCCAGGGCGUGCGCUCGGUGGCUCGUAGGGGAAGAUGGCGGCUGCUCCUUUGGAGGAGAGGGAUUGAGAGGGGUGGAGGGAAGAGGCCGGGCGGGAGAGACAUUUCCGACAGUGAAGACGAACCCUUUGCUCACCAUUCAUUAGGAGCUCUGCUCAGCGCUGGAGGUGUCCUAGAACGAAUACAUCACCAUGGCUACAGAAAUUGGUUCUCCUCCUCGUUUUUUCCAUAUGCCAAGGUUCCAACACCAAGCACCUCGACAACUAUUUUAUAAGCGACCUGAUUUUGCACAGCAGCAAGCAAUGCAGCAGCUUACCUUUGAUGGAAAACGGAUGAGAAAAGCAGUAAACCGAAAAACCAUAGACUAUAAUCCGUCUGUAAUUAAGUAUUUGGAGAAUAGAAUAUGGCAAAGAGACCAGAGAGAUAUGCGGGCAAUUCAGCCUGAUGCAGGUUAUUAUAAUGAUUUGGUCCCACCUAUAGGGAUGUUGAAUAAUCCUAUGAAUGCAGUAACAACAAAAUUUGUUCGAACAUCAACAAAUAAAGUAAAGUGUCCAGUAUUUGUUGUUAGGUGGACUCCAGAAGGAAGACGGUUGGUCACCGGAGCUUCUAGUGGAGAGUUUACCUUGUGGAAUGGACUCACCUUCAAUUUUGAAACAAUAUUACAGGCUCAUGAUAGCCCAGUGAGGGCCAUGACUUGGUCACAUAAUGACAUGUGGAUGUUGACAGCAGACCAUGGAGGAUAUGUGAAAUAUUGGCAGUCGAACAUGAACAACGUCAAGAUGUUCCAGGCACAUAAGGAGGCGAUUAGAGAGGCCAGUUUCUCACCCACGGAUAAUAAAUUUGCUACAUGCUCUGAUGACGGCACUGUUAGAAUCUGGGACUUUCUUCGUUGCCAUGAGGAAAGAAUUCUCCGAGGGCAUGGUGCAGAUGUGAAAUGUGUAGACUGGCAUCCAACAAAAGGGUUAGUUGUUUCAGGAAGUAAAGAUAGUCAACAGCCAAUCAAGUUCUGGGAUCCCAAGACUGGGCAGAGUCUUGCAACACUUCAUGCCCAUAAAAACACAGUAAUGGAAGUGAAAUUAAAUCUCAACGGCAAUUGGCUACUCACUGCAUCACGUGAUCACCUCUGUAAACUUUUCGAUAUCCGAAACCUGAAAGAAGAGCUUCAAGUCUUCCGAGGUCAUAAGAAAGAAGCCACAGCUGUGGCCUGGCAUCCUGUUCAUGAAGGACUUUUUGCCAGUGGAGGGUCCGAUGGCUCUUUGUUAUUCUGGCAUGUUGGGGUAGAAAAGGAAGUGGGUGGGAUGGAGAUGGCCCAUGAAGGAAUGAUCUGGAGUCUGGCUUGGCAUCCUCUUGGACAUAUUCUCUGCUCAGGUUCAAAUGACCAUACUAGCAAAUUCUGGACCCGAAACCGACCAGGUGAUAAAAUGCGAGAUAGGUAUAAUCUCAACCUGUUGCCUGGAAUGUCUGAAGAUGGAGUAGAAUAUGAUGACCUUGAACCUAACAGCCUGGCAGUAAUUCCAGGAAUGGGAAUACCAGAACAACUAAAAUUAGCUAUGGAACAAGAGCAGAUGGGGAAAGAUGAAUCAAAUGAAAUUGAAAUGACAAUUCCAGGUUUGGACUGGGGAAUGGAGGAGGUGAUGCAAAAGGAUCAGAAAAAAGUUCCUCAGAAGAAAGUUCCUUAUGCAAAACCUAUUCCUGCUCAGUUCCAGCAGGCUUGGAUGCAAAAUAAAGUUCCAAUUCCUGCCCCAAAUGAGGUACUGAAUGACAGAAAAGAGGACAUUAAAUUGGAAGAGAAGAAGAAAACACAAGCAGAAAUUGAACAAGAAAUGGCCACAUUACAGUAUACUAACCCACAGCUUCUGGAGCAACUUAAAAUUGAAAGGCUUGCACAGAAACAGGCUGAGCAAAUUCAGCCUCCUCCUUCAUCUGGCACCCCUCUCCUUGGACCCCAGCCCUUUCCAGGACAAGGUCCAAUGUCUCAGAUUCCUCAAGGUUUUCAGCAGCCCCAUCCAUCUCAGCAGAUGCCAAUGAACAUGGCUCAAAUGGGGCCUCCGGGUCCACAGGGACAGUUUAGACCCCCUGGACCCCAGGGACAAAUGGGACCACAAGGUCCUCCACUGCAUCAGGGAGGUGGGGGGCCACAAGGAUUCAUGGGACCACAAGGGCCCCAGGGCCCGCCCCAGGGGUUGCCGAGGCCUCAGGACAUGCAUGGGCCCCAAGGAAUGCAGAGGCAUCCUGGACCUCAUGGCCCUUUGGGACCUCAAGGACCACCUGGACCACAGGGUAAUUCUGGUCCUCAAGGUCAUAUGGGUCCUCAGGGUCCACCUGGCCCACAAGGUCACAUAGGCCCUCAAGGCCCACCUGGUCCCCAGGGUCACUUGGGCCCUCAGGGGCCUCCUGGUACUCAAGGUAUGCAGGGACCACCUGGUCCCAGAGGAAUGCAAGGACCUCCUCAUCCUCAUGGGAUACAAGGUGGGCCAGGGUCUCAAGGGAUCCAAGGUCCUGUGUCUCAGGGACCUCUGAUGGGAUUGAAUCCAAGAGGAAUGCAGGGUCCUCCAGGCCCCCGAGAAAAUCAGGGUCCUGCUCCCCAAGGGAUGAUGAUGGGCCAUCCGCCUCAAGAGAUGAGAGGACCUCACCCUCCAAGUGGACUGCUGGGACAUGGCCCUCAGGAGAUGCGAGGCCCUCAGGAGAUGCGAGGCAUGCAGGGGCCUCCAGCCCAAGGGUCCAUGCUGGGCCCCCCCCAGGAAUUGCGAGGGCCUCCAGGCUCACAAGGUCAGCAGGGGCCGCCCCAGGGCUCUUUGGGGCCGCCACCCCAGGGUGGCAUGCAAGGGCCCCCUGGACCUCAGGGACAGCAGAACCCGGCAAGAGGGCCACAUCCAUCUCAAGGGCCAAUACCAUUCCAGCAGCAGAAAACAGCUCUGCUAGGUGAUGGGCCCCGGGCCCCCUUCAAUCAGGAAGGACAGAACGCAGGCCCCCCACCCCUGAUACCAGGCCUAGGGCAGCAGGGAGCACAAGGUCGCAUCCCCCCUCUUAACCCUGGACAAGGACCUGGCCCUAACAAAGGUGACUCACGCGGCCCUCCCAACCAUCACAUGGGCCCCAUGUCAGAGAGGCGGCAUGAGCAGAGCAGCGGCCCUGAGCACGGGCCCGAGAGGGGGCCUUUCCGGGGCGGCCAGGACUGCAGGGGUCCCCCUGAUAGGCGUGGCCCUCACCCCGACUUCCCUGACGACUUCAGCAGACCAGAUGACUUCCACCCGGACAAGCGCUUUGGCCACCGAUUACGUGAAUUUGAGGGGCGAGGAGGACCUUUACCACAAGAAGAGAAGUGGAGGCGUGGGGGCCCCGGGCCUCCGUUUCCACCUGAUCACAGGGAAUUCAGCGAGGGGGAUGGCCGGGGCGCAGCCCGGGGCCCUCCAGGGGCUUGGGAAGGCCGCAGACCUGGAGAUGAACGAUUCCCCCGGGAUCCUGAGGACCCACGUUUUCGAGGGCGCAGAGAAGAAAGCUUUAGAAGAGGAGCACCCCCAAGACAUGAGGGCCGUGCCCCGCCCAGAGGAAGGGACAGUUUUCCUGGUCCUGAAGACUUUGGUCCAGAGGAGAAUUUUGAUCCUUCUGAUGAAGCAGCCCGAGGAAGAGAUCUCAGAGGUCGAGGUCGGGGUACUCCACGAGGAGGAAGGAAGGGUUUACUCCCCACUCCUGAUGAAUUCCCUCGCUUUGAAGGAGGACGGAAACCAGACUCCUGGGAUGGAAAUAGAGAGCCAGGGCCAGGUCAUGAACAUUUCCGUGAUGCUCCUCGCCCUGAUCAUCCCCCUCAUGAUGGUCAUUCCCCAGCUAGCAGAGAACGUUCCUCUUCUCUCCAGGGCAUGGACAUGGCAUCCCUGCCACCCCGAAAGCGUCCCUGGCAUGAUGGGCCAGGGACCUCGGAGCACAGAGAAAUGGAAGCCCCAGGGGGUCCUUCUGAGGAUCGAGGAGGCAAAGGCCGAGGGGGCCCAGGACCUUCCCAGAGAGUGCCAAAAUCCGGGCGCUCCAGCUCCUUGGAUGGAGAUCACCAUGACGGCUACCACAGAGAUGAACCUUUUGGAGGCCCUCCAGGCAGCGGUACUCCUUCCAGAGGGGGCCGGAGUGGCAGUAACUGGGGGAGAGGGAGUAACAUGAACUCUGGCCCGCCAAGGCGAGGAGCUUCAAGGGGUGGUGGAAGGGGUCGGUAGAAGCUGAUUCCCCUGAGGCCUCUCUGGACAGUAUUUAAGAACUUCUUUUGGACUUAUCAAGACAAACAAAAGGAAGCCUGCACCAUGUAGCCCUGAACUUUUUCUGGGGCAGCUGAAUCCCAGGAGCCCCUAAUGAGGUCUUCAAGAUGAAGAGACUGCUGCUGGCUACCCAGAGUAGCUGGCCUUGUUCUGUCCUGUCCACCUUCACUGCCCUGCCCUAACUCCCAUUGUUUGUGAAGAUAAAAGCUGGAAUCUUUUUUUUUUUUUAAAGUGUCACAAGACAUGGAGCACCUCCACAAAUUUAAGUUCAUGUCCAAUUGGAAAUUUGUUUCUAUAUGUACAGUUUGUCAGAGAAAAAACAUUAAGUUGUUUUUGUAUGAAUACAGAAUGUGAUUUACGCAAGAAUUAACAGAAAACUAGUUGUGAAAUGCUUGCCUUAAGGAAACCCUGUUUCCAUUGCAUCCAGUCAGCUGAGGGGGUACAAUUAUUGCUUCUGUUUGUGAGCACACCUGAUGGGUACCUCUGAGCCAUCUAAGUUAAUUUCAUCCAUGAACUUUGUCUUAAAUUCUCAUCUACCCAUUCUGUCACACUUAUUUUUGUAAUAGAGUGAGACACUUUGAAACUAUAACACAGUUUGAAAGUAGAUUCAAAGCCUUAGUUACCACCUGCUGUGGCAGGUGGAAAAUUAUACUCUGAAGAAAAACAUCUUCUGGCUGUCCAAGUAGGGGUUCUCCCUUGGGUGCAUCUCCUGGUAAUCACGCCUUAAACUUGAAUUCCCUUGUUUCUGAUGAGAGGAACCGGACAUAAACCAGAAAUUAACUACAUGCAGCACCCUUCUGAUUAAAUCAUGUCACAAUUUAAGUUGAGAAGGAAUAGACCAAAUAUCUCCUAAAACAAUUCUGCAAAACCUUCUCCUAUACCAGUGUUUAAAGCCGUGGAUAGUUCUAGUUUAAAGCCAGGAAGUUCCAACAAAUUCCUUUAUAGUUUUAAAUAAAUGUAACAUUUGGCCCAGUUUGGAAGCCAAAGUUCAGUUUGAUAACCCUGUAUUUUCUCUACUGACCCUUAUUUUGUUUUUGUAAGAAAACUUUUAUUAUUCAAAGGAUAUUUCUGUGGCUACCCUAAUAUCUUUUGGCACUGGAGACAGGUUCACCUGGCAAAUGUAGUGGUGUUGGAAGUCUCGCAGUUGCUUAAGACAAGGGAUGCUGGCAUAGUUGCAUAGCAUAUAAAAACCUCUUAAUUAGUUGUCAAUGUAAAAUACUGUAAAAACAAAGUUAUUUCUGCAGAGUGAGAAAAUGUCAGCCACACAUGGCUUUUUAGGGUAUUAAAACCUACAGACUAGAAGUGAAUCAUUUUUAUCAGCAUGUCAGUAUAAACGCAUGAUUAGGAGGCUCAAGAAUGCUUCAAGUUUGCAGAAUAUUCUUUCUUUCUUUGCCCUCCACUGGCACAGCUUAAAAAGAAGUUGUAAUCAAAUUCUGAUUAAGGUAAAAUGGGACCGAACCCAUAUGGAGAUUAGGACUUUUUCCUAAGAUAGAUGUAGUAAGAAAUUUAUCAUAACAUUUUAGGCCUCAACUUUAAAAACACAGUAUCUUAGCAAGCAGAUAACCAGAUCAUAUUUUGAGAAAGAAUUCCUUUAGAAAAAACCUGAACUCUCUACACUGUAAUUUAUUAAAUACUUAGAAUAUUUUAAAACAUCACUACCAAAAUACAUACAAGGUAUUGUGCUUUGAAUUUUACAAAUGGCUAGAUUUUCAGUGUUUGAAUUUUUGAGAAAAUGUUGGGAAAACGAUUUAAAAAAAAUAUAACAGCAUCAACAUAAAAAUGUACUAAACACUAUAAAAUACUCAGUUGUGCAAAUUCUAGAGAAAUUGAGAACUAGAACAGAUAUUUAACUGGGGGACAAAAGGAGCAGUCAAUGGCCCAAGUUUUUCCAGUUACAAAAAUAAGUCACUCCCUAAAUACAGUACAUUUGCUUUUACUACAAAUACCUUCUUGGUUGUUCCUCUUGAGGUAGGUAAUCCUGUUUACUGAUAAGGGAACAAGGUAGUAAUUCUUAAGAGAAUACUGGGGUGGGGGGCCUCAUGAAGUUGGGGCAGGGCUUAGGACACUGAUCAGGAUCUAGGAAUAUAAUAAGUGAGGUUGAACAAAGAGGCAAUGCUCUGUUGCUGCCUGACACACCUGUUUAGGCAACAGUGGAAUCCAGCCCCAGAAAAUAAUUAUUUUCAAAUUGUGCAAUGAGGUGUACAGAAAAGUGGUUCUCAACCUUAGCCGAACAUGGAAUCAUCCAGAAAGCUCUAAAAUACUGAUGUCUGGGUCCGCCCUCCACCGCUCCAGAGAUUCUGACUGAAUCCAUCUGAGGUUUUGCUCUUCAAGUAAUUCCGAUGUGAACUGAGAACCACUGACAUAGAAUCUGAAAAUUCUAACUACAUCUACUUUCUAGUUAAUAUAGCUACUGACAAAAUAUGUAGUUUUUUUUGACUCAUCAGAAUAUCCAGUCCAAACUUUCUGGCAAUACAUUAGCAUAUACAAUUAGGUCAGAGACAGGAGUAAAUGCUGAACCUAAAAGGAAACUUGACAGAUAUGAAAAGAAUCUUACACUGCAUUAGAAUCAGCCUACAAAAUGUAAAUUAUACUUUAAAAAGCAGGUAACGGCCUUGUAGAAAUCCAUGGUUUCCGUUAAAUAUAGAACUUUGGAUGUAGAAUUCUCUCGUCCAGCAGGAGUCCCCAGACCAGCCAGUUCUGCCCAGGAACCUCUCACAGCACUGAAAUGUCCUGCUUCUUGGGGCAGACAUUUCCUUUUUGGUCCAUUGCUUUCCUGGUCUAAUACAGAACCAAUCUUCCUUUAAUUUUGUAAGGCACCAUAUUUACAAUUUCACUAAAAAAAGGAAAAACCGAGGUAAACCGUCUUAACUAAAGUACUUACAUAAAACCCGGUGGCUAAAUUUAGUGUUUAAUUUGAUACCCUUAAGAAUCCACUCAUUGAAUGAGGAAAAAAUUUCUAAAAGCCAAAGAAAACAAAAGCGUAUUGUAGCUACGCUACUUCAAUCUACCACUGGAUUUUUUUAAACGACAAAAGGUAAAAUAAGUCUGAGGAACGUCACAAGAGCAGCUAAUUAAAACUGAGGAGCCAUUCUUUUUUUUUUACUGUGCUCAAUCUAAAACCACGGUUAACGCAAAAGCAAUUUACCAUUAAGUUUUUCACAGCGUAUCACCAAGUCAACGACAACAUCUCGUGUCAUAGAACAUUAUACAUGG